AUGUCCUAUCCGGAUGAUUUCCCAAUUCCUCAUGUUAUUCAGCCAGUUAAAGUUGUUCGGCACGUUGUAAAAAGUACAAUAAUGACAUCAGUUAAUUCUCACAUUGGAAUGUGUUGGUGGUUGAUUUGUUUCUUCGGAACAUUCCUCUUCUGCUGGCCAAUUCUCUUCUGUUUAUGUUGUGAUGCAUCAAAAGAUAUUGACCAUAACUGUCCAAAUUGUGGUCUACUUCUUGCCACUUCGAAUCGAGCCGGUUUUUAA